UUUAAAAGCUAGAUUUAUAGCCUUCAAUUAAAUCUCUUAUUGGUGAAAUUAUCACAAAUCCUCCAAAUUGAGACCAUUCUUGUCUCUUUAAUUCCCUAUCAAUAAAAACAUGGUGAACUUGUCUUUGCUGCUCAAAUAUCAAUCAUUAGCAAUCAUAUUCACUAUCAUAGCCUUAACCAAAGUUAAUUCCUUUUAUUUCAAUUUCCCAACCUUCCAACAAAGUGAUAGAUCAACCAACUUUCUACUAAGCAAAUACUCAAACAUAUACAAAGAUGAUAUCCAAGUAACCCCAGAUAAUCGCGGUAGUCCAAUAUCAAAUUAUUCUGGACGUGCUUUUUACAAAAAGCCAUACACACUUUGGAAGAAAAACAAACUUUCUUCUUUCAACACAACUUUUGUUCUCAACAUAAGUCCUGUAACUUCCCCUCGUGGAGAAGGCAUAGCCUUUAUCUUAACUUCAGAUACAACUCUCCCCGACGAAAGUGAUAACACAACUGCAAAUCCUAAUUCUCCAGAUGGAAUUCUUGCCGUGGAGUUCAAUACACGACAAAGUUCCACACAAGAUCGUCCUGACAACCUUGUUGGAAUCAAUAUAAACAGUAUCUUUGGUUUGAAACAAGCAUCAUUGGAAAACACUAAGGUCAAUCUUUCAUCUGGUUUAGAUGUAACUAUGAGAAUUCAAUAUUCCAAUGAUAUAAUAUCUGUUUUUGGUUCAAUGAGUAAUUCAAAUGAUUCUAUGGAAACCCUUUUGGUAUCUCCACCUCUUAGUCUCGCUUCUUUUCUUAAACAAGAGGUUUAUGUCGGAUUCUCUGCUUCAACAAGCAAUACCACAGAGACAAACAGUGUAAGAGCAUGGGAAUUCAACGGGGUAGAUAUUGCAAAUAGUAAUAAGAAUAAUCUCUUGCAGAUUAUUUGGAUUAUAAUUCCAAUUGUGAUAAUCAUAGGUGUGUUGGUAUUUUUCUUGGUAUAUCGGAACGUGAAAAGAAGCAUGGAGAUUCAAGAAGAUACAUAUCCAAGGAUAGAGGAUCAAAUUCAGUACUCGUCAAUGGCACCAAAGAAAUAUCGACUAAAGGAAUUGAUGAAAGCAACAGGUGGAUUCAGCCAUCAGAACAAGCUUGGUGAAGGGGGAUUUGGAACUGUUUAUAAGGGAUUCCUUGGAAAAAACAAUAAAGAGAUAGCUGUGAAGAGAGUCUCGAAGAAUUCACGUCAAGGAAAGAAAGAAUUUAUAGCCGAAGUUACAACAAUUGGAAGCCUUCACCACAAAAACUUGGUGAAACUCAUUGGUUGGUGCUAUGAAAAUAAAGAGCUUCUCCUUGUUUAUGAGUUCAUGCCAAAUGGAAGCUUAGACAAAUACCUAUUUAAUAAAACAAGGGAAUUAGAGUUACAUUUUUCAAAAGUACUUGCUUGGAAAACAAGAAAUAGUGUGAUUGGUGACGUGGCGCAAGCAUUGGAUUAUCUUCACAAUGGUUGUGAAAAAAGGGUACUUCAUAGAGACAUUAAAGCAAGCAACAUAAUGUUAGAUUUUGAUUACGUUGCAAAAUUGGGUGAUUUUGGAUUGGCGCGAAUAGUACAAAUGAGAAAUGAAACUCAUCAUUCAACAAAGGAAAUUGCAGGAACACCGGGCUAUAUGGCACCGGAAAUAUUUUUAACCGGAAGAGCGACGGUUGAAACAGAUGUUUAUGCAUUUGGUGUACUUGUUUUGGAAGUUGUGUGUGGAAAAAGACCAAGAAAUAUGUAUGCACAAGAUGAUUAUAAAUACAGUAUUGUGUAUUGGGUUUGGGAACUUUAUGGAGAGGGAAAAAUAGUUAGUGCAGUUGAUGAUAGGAUAAGUAGUGAAGAGGAAGAAAUUGAAAAGGUUGAAAUUGUGCUUAUUCUUGGGUUGUCUUGUUGUCAUCCAAAUCCACAUGAAAGACCAUCAAUGAAAACUGUAUUGAUGGUUCUUAAUGGAGAAGCUUCUCCUCCAAUGGUUCCGAUUGAAAGACCGGCUUUUGUAUGGCCUGCUAUGCCUUCAUCUUUCAAACAAAAUGAGAAUGGUUCUCUUAUCAGUGGAACUCUCACUCCAUUCACUCAACUUGGUGGUAGAUAAAAAAAAUUAGAAAUCAAUUGUGUUCACCAAAACUAAGAAAUCACUUUUGUUUUCUAAUAUAUAUCAAUGCA